UAUCUCUUCACAAACUCUUCAAUUUCCUUCAGAACAAGAAUUUGUGGUAAGCUAGGUUAAAAGAAAAUUCAUCAUCAUCAUCAUGGGAAGGGGUAGGGUUCAGCUGAAACGGAUCGAGAACAAAACAAGUCAACAAGUGACAUUUUUCAAAAGAAGAACUGGACUUCUCAAGAAAGCUAAUGAAAUUUCUGUUCUUUGUGAUGCUCAAGUUGCUUUGAUUAUGUUCUCUACCAAAGGAAAACUUUUUGAGUAUUCAUCUGCACCAAGCAUGGAAGACAUCUUGGAAAGAUAUGAGAGACAAAACCAUACAGAGCUUACUGGAGCUACCAAUGAAACACAGGGAAACUGGUCUUUUGAAUACAUGAAGCUCACUGCUAAAGUUCAAGUCUUGGAGAGGAACUUAAGGAACUUUGUGGGAGAUGAUCUGGACCCUUUGAGUGUGAAAGAGCUUCAGAGUUUGGAGCAACAGCUUGACACAUCACUAAAGCGCAUCCGAACAAGAAAGAACCAAGUUAUGAAUCAAUCCAUCUCAGAGCUGCAUAAAAGGACAAGGGCAUUGCAGGAGCAAAACAGCAAGCUAGCAAAGACAAAGGAGAAAGAGAAGACAGUGAGUGAACAUCCAAAAAGAGGCCUAGAAACAAUAGGCUUAGGGCAAUGUUCAGGCACUCUCAACUUGAUUUGUCAACCAGAGGUACCACCACCACCACCACCACCACAAAGAUUGGUUCCUUCUCUAAAUCUCAGGGAUGCUUUACAAGCAAGAAGGACAUUGGAAAUGGAAGAAACAGGUGAAGCUCAAACUGUUCCUAGAACCAAUAAUAGUCUCAUUCCAGCAUGGAUGCUACAACAUCUCACAAAUUAGAUUGAAGUAUAUCUAUUUAUGUAUGUCUGUAACAGACAUAUAUAUUAUAUUAAAUAUGUAUGAUUAAUGUGUAAGUAAGCCUUAUUAAGGCAUGAACAACGUCAGAAUUUUAUAUUCUGUUCAAACUUCUUCUAGUAUAUAUAUGGGUUCUGCCCUAUCCUUCAUAUUUUUAAUCAAUGAAAAUGCAAUCUGUGCUAUAUGAUAGAUUGUUGAUUUUAAGCAG